AUGACGGACACGGAGCUCCGACUAGCCGCGAUCUUCAACUCCUUUUGGGAGAAGCUGGAGGCACGUAUGCGACCUCCCCUCCCGGACACCCAGACAGAAGUCAAGCUACAAUGCCCGGUCCAGGUGGCCGCACAACGGCAAGCUCACAACCCCACAGGCUCCAUGCACCCGAUGGGCCGGCUCCGAACGGGAGCUAUUUUGAGGAAAAACCUCCCCUAUAAUAACAGCGGCAGCCUAAAACAGACCCAGAGGACCGAGAGAGCGAACAGAACGGUGUACUCAAGCCCCCCUUACCGACAAGCUGCAGACAGCAACAGACAUCCCAAGUACUACAUGACACCCAACCGGAAGCGGGGACGGCGAGUAACGAAGCCCACAACGGCGGCAACACCGAGCCGGACCAACAACGGCACACAUACACAAAAAGGGGCGCCUCCCGAGCACAAACAGCGGAUGAGACCAAGUAACACAGGGGAUCCCAAACGGGCAUGCAAAAUACCUCUGGCGGGAGUUGGCUGA